AAUAAUUUUAACUUAUAAUCAGAGUAAAACGGUCGAGCAUUGUAUGGUGCCGGUGCGUUCUUAUUUCUGAAAGAAUGCGAAUAAACGAAUUUGCAAACGAGUGAAGAGCGGCCGUCCGGUUAUCGUUGAGAGAAAACAGGGUCUUAUUGUUAUUUCGAGCAAAAAAUUAGUUAAUAUAACAGAAUAAAUAUUAUAAGCCUUAUCUGCCCGAAAUGAAUAUAUACAUAUAAUAUAGUAGUAAAUACCUUACUGACUACGUCAAUAAAACAAAAGAGUGAAUGAAGUGCUUUAAAGUAUAGUUUUGGGAUAGUGGCAACCUUGUAAGCAUAUCCCUUUUCAGUAGUUACUCUAAACGAAAUUCCACUGUACAUACAUUACAGUUUGUGCCAAAGCUCUAUUGUCAAAGAGGAAAGAGUGCAAAUAAUUAUGAGAGCCUUUCAGUUAAGGUAAAUAUUAAUACUAACAUGUGCAAAGAAAUAUGCGAUAACGUUAUUAACAGGGCAAGAAAGUGUAUAAGUAGUUGUUAUAUGCAGAGAGCAGAAUGAGAAAAUUGUUAAAAUAGCUAUGAUAGCUGGCAAUGGAAACAAUAAAUCGACACAACACACACGUAUAUAGUUAAGUUUAAGUCGUCGGUGGAAAAAAAUAUUAAUCGGAGUGUUAAAAACUGCCUGAACGUGAGUGAACAGAAUUAUAACUUUAGUUUGAUAGUGUGUCUACAACCACACAAGCAUACAUUAAUAGCACUACACUUUUUAAAAAGACAAACAAAUUGAAAUUCAUGCUUUGGAGGAAUAAAUACGCAUUUUCAAUUAGAUCAGCUGAUAAGUUUAAGCUCAAAUUAUGUGUGUAGAAGUAUUAAAGCGCCAGCGAUGUCAUGGCAAAGAGCUGCAGUAUGAAUUACUUAAGCGAGUAUUUAAGAUAAUAUACAAGUGUAUAUAGAGAGAGGGGAGACCACAAAGUUGCCAACCUAUUGAUGGAGAUUUAAAUAUAUAAUCAAAUCAGAUUUAUAAUCUGAUUACAAUCUGUGCAAAAACCAGACUAAAGGCAAGCGGUUAGAUUUAUCAUUGUAAGAAUGAGUUCCACUAAAGAAAUGAAAAACGGCACGAAGACGCAAAAGAAGGCGAUUAAGGCUAACAAAAAACAACAACUGAAACAACAGCAACAACAACUUCAAAAUCAACAGAAUUCAGCAGUUGCGACAGCGGCAACAACAUUAGCGCCCCACCCUGCUGCUCAAUACAGUGUGAAUAAGAUAACCGGUAAAACAAUCAAGAUGACAGUGCCUACAACUACUAUUAAUAAUAACAACAGUAGCGUUAAAAACAACAACAACAUUAAUCAAAAGCUUCCCGAUUCCGCAGUACGAGUAGCGCACGCAACGCCCACCGCUAUGCAACAGCCCGUGGUCUCCAUUUUAACAGGAUAUGAAAAUGCGCCAAAAUUCGAACGAUCGAACAGUUUUUCAUUGCGUGGCAAACUAACGAAAUUGAUCAAUUCAAUUACAGGCAGCAAAGAGAAUAUUAAUAAGCUAGAUGAUGAGAAUGCCACUCCGUACAAGUUCACACGCAGUCGCUCAAUGAUACUCUUGCGGCGGUCGAAUCGUCGUAGUUUAAUUGAACCCCAAUUGGAACAACUAUCUGAGGAGGUUGAUCCAACUUCACCAUCAUCACCUCGUAAAAACUCUGUAGAUAUAAGUGGACAACCAUUUCCUGUACCAUCAUCGUCCAAUAAGUUGGCGGUCAAUGUCAUUUCUGAUAAGAGUGGGACAACUACAAUGAUUACACCGCAACGACAGAACUCUCAGCCAUUGACCUCAACUCCGGUUGAAGAGGGUAGUAAUAGUACAGCUUUGCAGCGAAAGCCAUCAUCCAUAUCCCUGGCACCAGGUGAGGGGAAUGGUGUGCCAUUCAAUCCAAUAGCGAAUUUUCAGCGCCGCCGUUCCAACACGUUACUAGCAUCUUUUAAGAGCACUAUUGCAACAAUAACCGGUGAAAAGAAGAAGGAGAAACUUAAUCCUAAGUGGAGUGCGUCACUACAAUCCUUACAAGCCAUAGACAAUAUGGUAAGCUAUGAGAAUAUGUCCUUCAUCGAUUACGAUAAGUUCAACGGAUAUGAAAAACAACUAGAACGACAGCUUUCCACGCUAAGUUUGCGCAUCGAACAGAAUCCGCCUAUUACACCAAUCAGUAGUACCACAACCGGCACAAACAAUAAUAAAUCGCUUAACGCUCCGGUGACGGUAGUGCGUCGUCGCAAACCGAGUGCCGCUCGUCAACUGGCAGACCGUCGGUGCCAUUCGCGCGGUAGUUUUAAUUUCGACACCGAUUUCGAACAUAAUUUGGACAAACCGCGGAACGUGUAUCGCGAUAGUUUAGAUUCCAGAAAACUUGAACGAUUGAACGACUUUUCUCGCAACUCUUUUAUAUUGGAUAAAGAAAUUGUGGAUUGGUUGAAUUUGGAAGACGGUCGUUUGAGGAAGCAACGCAGAGAUAAGAGUAAUCACCAAAUGAAUGUCGACACCGUGGACUCGUCAGCUGUUGCACAGUUGAAAUCUAAAAGCUUAACACACUUGGACGGACUUGACCCCAUGGUAGCAGGUCAUCGUGGUGUUCCUGUUAGCAUAACACCAAAUAUGAGCCGGAGCGAAGUUUGCACCAAUACAGCCACUUCAACAAUUCAAACCUCUCAACAGCUUUAUCCAGAUCAAUAUCCAUCUGUGUUGAACUCUUCUUCAACGGUAGCGAAUAUAACCAGUGAAGAGACAAUAGCUCCAACAGGCACCAGGCCUGUGAUGAGUUAUAAGAAAAAAUCUCCGUUUGUACAGCGUAAAAAACCACUGCUAACACGCAGUGAGGUCACGAGUUCGGAAUACUUUUCUGUGAGUUUUUGUACAGAUCAAGGUGGUGUUGAGGAGGAAUUCAUACCAGCGACCAAAGGCGUAACUUUGCAUUCCGCGCUAAGUCAAGCAUUGAAAAGACGCAAUUUAACAUUUUCACAAAUCGCCAUUACUGAUAAUAAUCCCCCUAGUAGCUUUUUAGAAACAGGAUACUCACCAUUAGCAAGUUCUUUGGAUGAAAAURCUGAAGUAGAAAACUUAGCUGGACAUCAUUUGACUGUAACUGAAAGCGAUGGCAGUCGAAAAACUUUGCAAAAGGCCGCAUCAUUUGGUUCCCGCACUCGUCCACCGCGAUUGCUCUCUUCCGCCUCUACGGAAGAGACCAGCGAAGCCGCUGUUCCAGGAAAACAACUCAAACAACGCUGGUCCGGUUUGUUCGGUAUUAAAAAUCCACAGCAAAGUCAAUUAUGUGAACUACUUAAUAGUUACGCAAAGAAUGGUGUACCACAAAAGAGGGCAUCAGUAAAUUUCGAUCAUCCGGAUUUUGAUGCGGCCUUGGCGUAUUUGGACAAUAUGCACAAGUCGUGGAAGGAUAUUGUGGAUAGCACAACUAUGAAUGACAGCGAAAUGAGAAUACAAACUGCAAUUUGGGAGUUAGUUACCACCGAAGUAUACUACAUUCACGCACUCCAAACAGUAACGGAUCUCUUUUUGGCAUGUUUAGAAGCUGUACAAUUGGAGCGACUGCUUACCGAUGUAGAUCAACAUCGACUAUUUUCGAAUGUACGGGAUAUAUGCGAAGCCAAUCUUAAGUUCUGGACUCUUUAUCUCUACCCCAUGGUGGCGCACAGUGUCGCUACUGGUGAACCUCUACGUGUGGCUUUCUUCCAACAGGGUUUUGUUGCUUUCGCCUCAAUAUUCGCACCAUACAAAAAGUAUUGUGCAGAACAGAGUACUUGUCAAUUCUAUUGCAAGGAACUUAACCAUAACAAUGCACUUUUUACAUCUUAUUUGGCCUGGUGUGAGUCGCAAAAGCUGUGUAAUCGGCUCCGAUUGGCCGACAUUUUAGUGCGGCCGAUGCAGCGAUUGACCAAGUACAGUCUGCUUUUGACAGCGAUCAAGAAGCACAUGUUGGAUAUGGAGCAAAUCGAGUCAGUCGAUUCAAUGAUCCAUUCGGUUGAGAACUUCGUGUUUAGUGUGAAUAACCACUUGACAACGCGACAGGAAAAUGAACGUUUGAAAGGUGUUAUGGCGCGAAUUGAGUCCUAUGAUGUAGUGGACACCAACAACGAGCAACUAGACAAAAUUAUAAAGCAAUAUAAUAAAAUGUUUGACUUGUGCGCUCCAAUGAAAGGAUGUCCAGCGCACCAAGUGCGCCAUCUCUUCAUGGAAGGCGACCAUAAAUUUAAAGACAACCUUGGCAAGACCGACGUUCAUUGUUUUUUGCUGACGGAUAUGCUGCUUAUCUGCAAAGCGAUCGCGAAACGUGGUCUCGGUUCGCUGAAAGUGAUUCGUCAACCGUACUUAACCGAUAGACUUGUUGUACAACAAAGCAAUAAUAUUUUAAAUUGUAUCUACCUCAAUGAAUUUGAAGUGGUUGUUACUGCAUUCACUCUACAAUGUUCGGAGGCAAAAAAUUGGUAUGAGUCAAUAAAGCGCGCUAAAAUGAUUUACACAAGACUGAAACAAGGUACCGGCAAUUGGGAAAAUGUCCGUUUGGUUGCGGGGAGUGGAGUAAGUGGCAGCACAGUGGAUGCACUUGGCAUAAAAAAAUCGCCAAUGAAUUCGUCAAUAUGCAGUCACGUAUCUAGCGCCAAUAAUAGUCACAGCGGCUCUACCGAGUGGAAUGAUUCGCGUAAUAUAUCGGUGGAAUUUGAAAAGACCAAUUCAUUAUCCAGUGAGGAUGGCUCUAUGAGCAAAAAUUUGCAAUCCGGUCCACUCAAACUCAAAGUUAACACUGCAAGGGCGAACACACUUUCAGUACAGCCACUUAAUCAUUUGGGACAAAGUCUGCCGAACCUUAACCUGAACCAAAGCCAUACUACCCUCGACAGUAACCUAUAUUAUACUUAUAGUAAUAAUACACUACUGGUACCUGGCACGACAACAAGCCAUUCCGGAAAUUUGUUGCUUUCGCCUAGUCAUAGAGGAAUUUCUUAUCCACCUCCUAGUCCAACAAGAGUUCCACUUCGUCGCGGCAUGGCCUUUUCUACCUCCACCAAAAAUCCGCCACUUGUCAAAACUCGCAAUAUUACGUCACAGAAUAGCAUUAACUGGUCACAACCGCAAUCUGCAGCGCCAAACUUACAACACCGACACAAAGUACCAAUUAAUAGCAGCGUAGCGAGUAACGCAUCGAACGCCAUGCUAUCAACACCUCUUGGUGGAGCACAGCUUACUCAAAAUAAAAGUUACGGAACUAACGAAAGUACAACCAGUGCAAGACCUGAAACCAUGGCAAUUCAACUGUCCAAUGAUUUGACAGAUGGUACUUGCCAACAGCAACAGCAUCCUCACCAAAUGCCUACCUGCAACGAAACCGAUGUUUGAUUCGUUUGCAAGCAAAUGACAGCAAAAGCAGCCUUUGUACCGCAACGGAAUUAAAAUAUGGAAAAUCAUGCAACGAAAAUAUGUUGCUGUUGCGGUUAUUGGGAAAGAGAGUAAUUGAAAUAGACUAUUCCUGGCUUUAUUUCAAGUACGUAGAGACACAAACCUAUAGUAUGUGCAUAUACAUAUACACUUAUAAAGGAACAUUAGUGGCAUUAAUUGCGUUAUCGCAAAUGCAAACUGACAUAGUCAGUUGAUUCAUGUAUGUUGUAUUUUAUAGAUUAUAAAGCGUSCGGAAGGAUUAAAGGGCUAACAUGCGUACAAACCAAAAACUAAACCUUUGUAUACAAAAAGAUACUGUAGAAAACAUGUUGUUUAUUAAAUUACUUUUGACAAAAAGCUGCAAAAUUUUAACAAAAAAUAUGAAGGCAAAUAGGGAUUAGUAAAAUACUAGGGAAUAGUUAUUAGUACAUACAUAUGUAGUGGAUAUCAAUUUGUAUUCAAAUCAAAUAUAAUAUAUACCAAUAAUAAUUUACAAGUAAUGUAGCAAUAGAUUGCAUAAAAUCAGAACAACUAAAUAAAAUAUCAAAAUCAAAGCAAAAAUAUUUAAAGAAAGUAAAUAAGAAACAUCAACCAUAUUUUACCAAUACAAAGUAUGCAACGAUUUUUUAUAUUUUAAAUUUAAAAAUAUGUAAGUUCAUAAGAUUUAAUCAAAUCAGUAGGAGGAAAUGUGUAGUGAAGUAAGCAUCACCAUAUGGCAUCAAAUGUACAAGUGUACAUACAUAYAUAUAUGUAUGUCUCCACAAAAAUGUGGAUAUUUAGUAAUGGUUGUAGUGCUGUUAAUAAGUUAAUUAGGUUAUUGUAUAAAUGCAACAAUAUGUAGAAAUGGCGUUAGAAGCCUGAAUAACGAACUUGUACUUAUAGAAAUUCUCCUUUCACUUGUGUCCUUCCACAAGCCUACAGCUGUGAACGUAGUAGUAUAUUCAGUGUAUUUUAUAUAUAUUUUUUUACAAUCAGUAAUACCUUAUAAUGUUUAAAUAGGCGAGCAAUUUUAUUGUAAAUAAAUUUGUAGUUUAUCUAAAACCGCGUAGCCAUUAGAGUUUGUAUUAAAUUGCAAGAAAAUUAUUCAAAUUGCUAGCAUUCAGAUAACUGGUAUAAAAUAUACAACAAA